AUGGAGCAAAAUUUGCACGAAACAGAAAGGGUGUUUAAUGAAAGAAUUGAUGACAACGGUGAUAGAGAUGCUGAUUAUUCGAUUCUAGAUCUAGACCCGAUAACUGGAAAGUUUGAAGUUGUUGCGAAUUAUUAUGGACUACGGAAAAUUUAUUCGCCUGUGGAAGGAAAAAAAAUCCACUGGCCUGGAGGACGAGAAGGGCCUCCUCCGGAUAAGCCCAAAUGCGGGUUUUUGGGGAAUAAUCCAGAUUGCCAACAUGCUGAAAAAUUAAUAUUUAUUUUUAAUGCUGCUAAGAUUCUUACAUGGAGAAUGAAAAUUGCAGCCGAUUUAAACAAUAUGUCUUGGAGAAUUAGACCAGAAGAAAUUCAUUUGGAAUUGGGCAGAUCAUUUGGAUCCAAAUUGGCUUUACAAAAAUUAACCGAAACAUAUGGGCUUACUAGCUGCCGUGCUUCAAUUACUUCAUGUAAUUCAUUACAAGCUUCUAAAAUUUAUACCAAUAUUGGAAUUUAUAAAGGAAAUAGAGUUGCCAUUAAAAAAAUAACAAAGAAAAAGGUUGAUAUAAAUAAAAAAUUGCUGUGGGAAAUUAAGCAGGUAAGAGAUGUAACCCAUGAAAACACAGUAAGAUUUCUCGGAGCCUGCAUUGAAUGCCCAACAGUAAUAAUUCUGACCGAAUACUGCCCAAAAGGUAGUCUAAAAGACGUUCUGGAAAACGAAGCUAUUCAUCUGGAUUGGAAUUUUAGAAUGUCUUUAAUCUACGAUAUAGUUAAGGGCAUGAGUUACUUGCACGGCAGUGAGGUGACGGUUCACGGCAAGCUUAGAUCUUGCAACUGCCUUAUUGAUGGAAGAUUUGUUUUAAAGAUUUCCGAUUUUGGUUUGCCUUCUCUGAUUGUACCCACUGAAGUUGCCAAAGAUGCUAAUUAUUACAGAAAAAUGCUUUGGGUCGCACCUGAACUGCUUCCUUUAACUAUAAUUCCUGGAAAUCCCGCCACCCAAAAAGGUGAUGUCUACAGUUUUGCAAUUAUUUUGGAGGAGAUAAUUGUUAGAGGGGGUCCAUAUGAAGCUGCUAGACAAUUUUUGGAAACAUCUGGUAAUACAUCAUAUAAAUUCAUUGGUAAAAUUUUAACAAAGCUAUUUUUAAAUAUAGAAAUUAUAUCCCGAGUAGCUUCAAGAGAAAACCCACCAUUUAGACCGGCGGUAAGCCAAAGCGAUUGUCCAGAGGAACUGGUAGAAUUAAUGGAAAAAUGCUGGAAUGAUAACCCCGAGGAAAGACCGCUUUUUGAAUCCAUACGUCUAAACCUAAGAAAUAUUAUGAAAGGAUAUUGUGAAAACCUUAUGGACGAUCUUCUCAGACGUAUGGAGCAAUACGCCAAUAACUUGGAAGUUUUAGUAAGCGAAAAAACCGACCAGCUAACCCAGGAAAAACGUAGAUCCGAGGAACUCUUAUACCAAGUCCUUCCAAGACCCGUAGCCCAACAAUUAAUGAUCGGUGAACUGGUAAAACCUGAGCAAUUUGAAUGCGUUACCAUUUACUUUAGCGAUAUUGUUGGGUUUACUGCUUUAUGCGCCAAAAGUUCUCCAAUGCAGGUCGUUGACUUUCUAAACGACCUAUACAGUACUUUUGAUAGAAUUAUAGGCUUCUAUGAUGUCUACAAGGUUGAGACCAUUGGUGAUGCAUACAUGGUAGUGUCAGGUUUGCCAGAAAGAAAUGGCGAUCAUCAUUCCAGAGAAAUUUGUUUAAUGGCUUUGGCGAUCUUAGACGCAGUGAAAUGUUUUACCAUUCACCACCAACCUGAUUCCCAACUAAAGUUAAGAAUCGGCAUUCAUUCUGGUCCGGUUUGUGCUGGUGUUGUUGGACAAAAAAUGCCCCAUUACUGUCUUUUUGGCGAUACUGUUAAUACAGCUAGCAGAAUGGAAAGCACUGGACAACCUUUAAAAAUUCAUGUGAGUGAAGCUGCCAAAGAGAUUCUGGAUACCUUUGGCACCUUUAAGUUAGAGUUAAGAGGUGAAGUUGAAUUAAAAGGCAAAGGAUUCGUGACGACAUAUUGGCUUUUGGGUAGUUCUGAUCCUGACCAGAGACCGCCCUCGCCGCCAACAGUUAACAAUUCUAUUGACCAAGAUACAAACCCUUAUCCUCUAGUAUUUAUGGGAAACUAAAUUUUAAAAUUUACCUUAUAAGUUUCGAUUUUUCAACUUAUUUUUUACUAAUUUAAUUACAAAAGUAGGUCAUAUAUAGAUAGAUAGAUUA